GGUUUGUGUGAUGCGAGUGUGUGUUUAGCGUGUCUGUGUGUGUGUCUGUGUUGAAUGCAGAGGAAACAUGGAGGAUGAAGUACGCAAGACUGUCAAGUUCCGAACGAUGCUUUCAAGUGACAGUGGUGACUCCAUCGUAUCCGAUGAGUCAUGCAUCUACUAUCAGACUGAGAUCUUUACCCAGCUUCCCAGCUCCCAGGCUUACAGGCCCCACGUCAGACAGAGGGAGCGGGUAGACAGCGUGGCCCAGGAUGCAGAGCCGAAGCCUGGGGACAACUGCCGUCAUGUUCCCCUGGCUAGAGGUUCCAAAGACAAGGCCUCCAGUGAGCCUCUGAGGAGCCUGGCUGUGUGUAUGCAGGCGAAGAGGGAGGCCAGGGACAGGAGGAGACUGCAGAUGCGUUCCAUUGGCUCCUGGGAGUCGUGGAGGCGGAGCCAGAGCAUCGCCAGGAAGAGGCUCUGGCAGCAGGUGGGAGGGGCCAUCCCAAGGCUGCUGCCAUGGAGACAGACACUGCACACCAUCGAGGGGAGGUUUGGUGUGGGUGUGAAGGCAUACUUCCUGUUCCUGAGGUACCUGAUCUUCUGCAGCCUGCUGCACUGUCUGAUCAUCUCCGGCUCCAUCCUGGAGCCUUCCAGGCGCUUCGGCAGAGGCAACACCACAGAACCGCUGGUGUGGGGAGGGAACGACACCUUUACAGACCUCUUCCUGGGCUCGGGAUUUCUGGAACGUUCUCCUCUGUUCUACGGGUUCUACACGCGCGGUUCCCUGGACCUGCCAUGUCUGAACACCCCUCUGCUCUUCCUCAUCGGAAUCCUCAGCCUCCUCGUCCUCAGUCUGGUCAUGGUGGUGCGGAGAACGGUUGUUGGCUACAAGCACACCUGGUUGCUCGGCAACCGCUACAACUUCCACGUGAGCUACAAGAUAUUCUGUGGCUGGGACUACAACAUCCAGAAUCCUCCCAUGGCAGCCCUGGAGCACAGCUUCAUCUGGAACGACCUAAAGGUCUUCCUGGAGGAGCAGAGGUUUCACGAGCGGGAAGCCCAGAGGACCUGGCCCCAGUGGGCUCGCCUCUACUUCCUGCGAGUUUUCAUCAACUUCCUGGUGGUGUCGAUGCUGGGCGGGGCCUUCCUCCUCAUCUACUUCUCCACGGAUAUAUCACAGCGACAGGCGGGGAAGAGUGGAGAUAACUGGCUGGUGAGCGUGUUGUUGCAGUACCUGCCUCCCUUGACCAUGUCCCUGGUCAACCUGCUGUUUCCUCACAUCUUCAGGAUCUUCUCCUCCUUUGAGGACUACUCCCUCACCACGCAGGUCAACGCCACACUUGUCAGGAGUAUCUUCCUCAAGCUGGCCUGUCUGGUCUACCUGCUCUACCUGUUCAAAAAGGACAAACAGGAAAACCAGUUUGGUAAGGAGAUGUACAAGCUCUGUCUGUUCGACUUCCUGGCCGGUUUCUGCAACACCUUCUUCUUCGCGUACCCUCUCAAGCUGUGCGUGGAGAGGUGGCCGUUGUCGUGGCUGGCGCGGGUGUCGGGGCGGCAGAGUUUCCAGAUCCCCCUGAACGUGCUGGACCUGGUCUACACCCAGACGGUCAGCUGGGUGGGCGUGUUCUACUGCCCCCUGCUGCCCCUGCUGGGGACAGCCAAGCUGGUGGCCGUCCUGUACAUCAAGAAGUUCAUGGUCAUGCGGUGCUGUGUUCCGGAACAGAGAAUGUUCCGGGCCUCCAGAUCCACGGUUCUGUUUCACUCAUGCUUUGCUGGGCUGGUCAUGGCCCUCGUUACUCUGGGAUCAACCUACACCC